CAGCACUCCACCAAGAGGACGAUGGCCAAUGGCACCACUGUGCACCGCUCUCUCAGCGGCCCGCCGGUCUUUCCCCUGUCCGACCUACCCUCUACCCAGAAGACAUCCAUCCUCCGCGCCCUCUACGGUGCGGCGCGCAAGGCUGGGAAAUACGAAAAGCUGGCCCAUCUCCACCUCAUCGCUGCCACUGGGGAGAAACUCGCCGCUGUUUCAAAGCCGCAGGCCGCGAAGGGCGAGGAGGAGGGCGAGGGCAUCCGGCUGGUGGUUCAUGGGGAUGGGGCGACGGCCGAUUGGAAGGAGCUUACAGGGCGGCUGGUGCUGCCAGUCAAGCAGGUCAAGGAGAAGGGCAUUCGUGUGUCUGUGGAGGGAAUGAUGCCGGCAGGGGUGGAUGUGGCGGCAAUUUCGGCCAGUAGUGUCAUCCUUGGUCCGAUGCCUCAGGUGGAAGGAAAGGCAGGGCUGAGGUCAUGAUCAUACCUGCCUCACGUCUCUGUUUCUUGCAGCUGGUGCCCUCUCCCUCUGCCAGCUGUUCGUCUUCCGGUCAGCACAAGAUGGUCCACCGCAACGUCUCCUCGACCACCACACUGGCCGGCAAGGGCACCACAUACGAAGAGGUGAUACCACCGCCGCCUGUCGAGGAUGGAGACAGCACAGGCAGGCCAGUCGGCAUCGUCUGUGCGGAAGAGGCCAGACGGCAAGGGACUGAUCGCAAGCCAAAGACGGCGGCACAGGUGGCGAAGAAGCCCUCUGUCGGGGCAGCCACGAAUGCCCGUGGCAAGGGGGCGGGGAAGGUCGAUGGUGCAGUUGCGAAGCAACCAAAGGAAGCUGCCAAGGUGUGGUGUGUGUGUCAGUAUACUUACAGGCAGCACAGGCGUCUUUGUGUCCACGUGCUGUUGCAUGUUCCACUCAGGUGCCUCGUGGUGGUGCCCGCUACGACUCGCCCCCCCUCCACAAAGCCAAGGCCAGCGGCACCAGCAGCCACGGGACCACCCCUUCUCUCAAGGCUCCUCUCCUCCACCCCCGCCACCCACACAAGAGGGAGGACCCGCGGCCCAAUCUUACCCCACGGAUGAAGAGCAAACCAGUCACAGCUGCUGCAGCCAACGUGACGCCACCGCAUCGCACGACGACGUCGCCCUACGCCCACCAGCACACUCCUCUGAACACCAUCAGGCCGGGAGCUGGAGCCCCGAUGCACCCGUCUCGCACCACCCUGCCCGUGCGUUUUCCUUGCCCCGUGCCAGUGGACAAGGCCUUCCACCCGCCCUCGCCCUACCUCAUGGCCGCCGUGCUCUCCAGCGACCCGCUGUCUCCGCCCAGGCAGCAGCACAUGCAGCUCCACCUGAUGCCCCACAAUAUGUCGUCUCCCUCGCUCCACCAGACGCCCGAGCGCAAGACAGUGACGGGCACGCCAUGCCCUCCUGUCAACACACGCAACUUCCCGCCCAUCACAGCGUCCCAUGGCGUGCAGAUCGUCCCGCCACCUCCCCGGCCCCCGGGCGCCGGGCGGCCCGCUGGCGGUUUGCGAGGUGGGUCGGGUGGCGACGCCCGCUCCCGUGCCGUGGCGAUAUUGAUGGACAAGAUGGAUGGGCGGGUAGUAUCGACAUCUCUAUCGACAUAUAUGGCUAGGUUGCACUGCAGCAUGGCAUGCGUUGAGGUGCGAGCAAUGCAGGCAGCGUGGUUGUUGGGGUGAGUGGUUGGCUCAGCUGACCGGAUGUGAGUGAUACGGUAAUGCAAUAUCGGCGGCUGGCUGUGUGAUGGAUGGAUGGAUGGAUGCGAGGGACGAGC